AUCUUCGCCGCCUUGCCCUGCCCUGCCCAAAGCCUGUUUUCAGUCGAUAGUUGGCUUCUGACGACGAAGAAAGUGCUGGCAGCAGAUCGGGGUCACCGUAUAUUAUUAUUGCGCAUUUCAGGCCGCAUCUGGCCAAAUAUCAAUAUCGUGGAAUACUAAUCCCGCAAACACUCUUCUUAAUUGCCAGUCAACAAAGCUAGACAAAGCUCAACCUUGCUUCAUUCUCUUCAAUCAGCGCCGCCAGCCUCUCGUCUCUCUUUGGUUAUCAACCGAGUCGCGCUCAGUUGAUAAGCACCCGCUCGUAGUUGGACCGGAACAUUUGCUCUCCGACCCUACAGCCGAAUGGAGCAUCUUCGGAUAUUGCUAGUCGUCAUCUCGCUGGCCCUUGUCCAGGGCUAUGGCGGCAUACCCGGCACGGGAGGAUCCCGACCCGUGCGCACCGUUGAGACCUUGACGCAGUGGCGCCAGCUGGAGUUUGGUUUCCCUACGGCCCAGGAUCGUGAGAAUGCUCAGGCGGCUGGGAAUUUAGUCCCAGAGAAUGGCACACCCAUCGAUGUGCAGGCCCAGUAUCAGCAGAAUGGUCAGAUUAGGGUGUUCACUACCAUACCAAGGUUCGUCACUGGCAUUCCCUACACUUUGGCCAUCGUUACCGAGACGCAGGCCAGGAAUGGACCACUGCUGCAGCCAUAUCCCAGCUACUCCUGGCACAAUGCCAACGGCGAGAACUGCGACAAGAUCACCUCCGCCUUCCGAGUGGCCAUCACUGAGUGCAACCAGAUGUGGGUCAUCGAUUCAGGUGUCAUUGGCACCACCCAGCACUGUCCGCCGCAGCUGCUGCAGUUCGAUCUGAGCACCGAUAGGCUGCUGCAUCGCUACCGCUUCCCGAACAGCACCUACAUACCCAGUGGCUCACUCUUUAUUACCCCAAAUGUCCUGGUCCAGGACCCUCCACCCCGGGGCAGCUGCAGUCGCACCAUGAUCUAUGUAGCCGACGUUAGCUAUCAUGGUCUAGUGGUGUACGAUCACCAAGCUCAGACUUCCUGGCGUGCAGAGAAUCGCUUCAUGUACCCGGAUCCUGACUAUGGACAACACACCAUUGCCGGAACGAGCUUCAUCUUGAUGGACGGACUCUUUGCCCUGAACAAUGACAAGCGUAAUCUAUACUUCCAUCCUUUGGCCAGUGUGAGUGAGUACUCUGUGCCACUGAGUGCCCUGAACAGGCAGGAGAACUGGGCCAAUGGUCCGGAAGCUGUGCCGGAGCAGUUUACUCUGCUGGGCAGGCGAAAGAGCGAGUGCGCUGCCUCCGCCAUUGAUAGCCGGAACAAUGUCUACUGUGUCACCUUCAAUCCCAUCAAGCUUUUUGUGUGGAAUGUGAAUACGCCGUAUGCCUCGCGCAGCUUUGGCACCCUGCCAGCCAAGUCCGAUGAGCUGCAGUUUGUCAGCGGCAUGAAAAUAGUCCGGAAUGCCAGCGGACAGGAGGAACUUUGGCUGCUCUCCAACCGGUAUCAGAAAAUUGCCGCUGGCACUUUGAAAUCCGAUGAGGUGAAUUUCCGCAUUCUGCGUCGCAAGCUGGACGAUGUCCAGGGCGGUGUUUUCUUUGCCAACGAUGAUGACCUAACCAAUCGUUUAGUUUUUACCUAACUUAAACCUAUAAACUAUAACUAAACUAUAAACAAUAGGCUUUGUAAAUAUAAA